GUGCAAAAACGAACCGUGGAACCAGGAUUAAAAUCGACUCGGCCGGCGCAGACUCAAGCUUCAAAAAACAACUGACAACCGAUUGAACUGAGUAAUGAACUUUUAUGUGCUCUGCUCCUGGCUGCUGUUUUUCCUGGCGCCCGGCGGUUGUCCCAUCUACAGCAUUGACCUGGCCACCUUGGAGGUGCCCACCAACGAUUUCCAGAACGAACUGACCCUGCAAUCGAUGCUCAGCUCCGAGUUGCGGGGCUUCCGCAAUGGCCUGAACGAGCGGACCAACUUGGAGCGGACCAACUUGGGGCGGACCAACUUCCAGCCGGAAGAUUCGCUGCAAUUCCUGCCCAUGAGAUACCAACAGCCCGAGCUACUCAAGGAUUUGCCCAAGAUGACGCGGAGUCCCGUCGAAUCGGACGCCUUUCUGGGCACCAAUUUGUUCGGGAACUAUCGCAAGAACUGCUUCUCCACGGAGGACAUUGCCAUGAUGUCCGCGCGCAAGGAUUUCGAGCUCCUGGUGCCGAAGUCCUUUCCGCAAUGCCUGCUCACCGACAGCGUUGUCUACAUGCUGAUCAGGUACUUCAACACGGUUAACCAGAUCGUGAAGAGAAUGUCGGAUGAGGACACAAAACUCAUACUGCAGCGGGCUUUCUACGAUGCACUGGGUGGUUACCUUCGCUACUAUUUGGUGCCUGCGGCCCAAGUGUCCUUCUACGCAGGACGACUCAAGCUGAACACCAUGGAGCGUUUGAUCAACAUCUAUCGCCAAUGCCGAACGGCUCUCAAUACGAAUGGCAAUGGCUGGCGAACGCCGGACAAGAACAUAAUGGCCAAGCUGAGGGCCACCAAGAUCGACCCCGUUAAGCUGCCCAAGCCCUGCGAGUCCCGAGAGGAUGCCACCAGCUGUGCCCAGCUGGACCAAAGCUGUCUUUCCCAGAUGCCGGAUCAGGGCCAGAUGAUUGUGCCGCUGCCGUGCUUAGAGGCGCCAGAUGAAAGCGGGUAUCUGAGCAACAUUUAUCUGCCCUUCAGCAAGCGACGCAUAUACAACCUUCGCUCCUCGAGAUCCGCCUUCAUCCUGGUGCGGUUCUUUCAGACCCUCACCAAUUGUUAUCGUUUCCAGGCCGUAUGCCCGGCUAGCUAUAACAGCAAACUGCUCACGUGGAUAAGGGAAAAUCUGGAAGCGCACUACCACGAUGAUGUUUUCUACCCCGGUUUGGGUGGAAUCCUGCAGAUUGAAGAAAGACUGGUAAUGAUGAAGAAGAAUCCCGAGGAGGAGAAGGAGCAACCUCCGCUCGAUACAGAUGAGGAUGCAGGCUCACCCUCUUCCUCCGGAGAGGAUUCCCGCAAGCUCAGUCGCUCUGCAAUCCACUGGCAGGAGGCUCCGGACUCCGAACAGGAGCAAUCACACCAGGAUGAGUGGCUCAGUGGGUUGGAGAAGGUUCAAUCCGGCUCGGAUCAAUUGGAGGAGUGUCGGGAGUGCGACAACGAUGACACCCUGAUAUGGUGCAUUGCCGCCUUCCUGGCACUUCUGCUGCUCAUCAUUCUGCUCAUCAUUUGCUGCUGCAUGCGCAGGGGCAGGAAGAAGAAGAAACCAGUGGUUGCAUCGGAUGCCGAGGCACCUCCUCCGAAGCCUUUGAUAGUCACAGAGCCGCGCGACGACAAGGAAGAGGAAAAGGACAAACAUGAGGGCCGUCACCGGUACUACUACUCGGGAUCUGGUCGAAAGAGCAGCUCUCAUAGAUCGGUUAGGGAACAUCCCUUUUUGGAAAACCCGGAGCUUGAUUCUUUUACGUCGACAUCCUCGCUGGGUUGUCAGUUUAACAGAAAGUGCAUGCCCCUGAAGUUCAGCCGCACGAGAGGUGAGGAGUACUAUGUGCCACAAAAGGCUCAAGAUGAGGUGGGGAAGCAGGUUCCUGCUUUCAGGUUUCUCUCUGACGUCUCGUCUCCUCGACCAGACUUCCGAUCCUCCAAUAAACAGCCGAUGAGGCAAGAUCAAUCGGAUAAUCCCUCGUCGGAAGAAGAUCGGAUGGAGAAGAAGCGGCAAAAGCAAUACAGCAAAGAGGCCAAGCGGAAAAAGGUCAAGGAAUCUGAAGGAAGGCGGAGAAAGGAGCAGACCAAAUCCUCAGAAGACAGAAAGCGAACCUCAGAAGACAAAGAGCAAUCCCCAACGGAAAGGCGGACGGCCAAAAGAGUGAGCAUAGGUUCCACCUCCAACUUAAUACCAGAAACGGACAAAGAGUCCUCCGAUGAGCCCCGCCUGCAUAGAAAAAAGUCCAAAGUAAAAUUUGAGUCCACAAACGAACGUUUGAAGGGCGGAAGUGAGUCGGUAAAGGACUCUCCCAGCUGGGAAACGGUAUUUUCAGAUGGCCUAUGAUCUAUUCGAGGUUAACCCGGACUUCUUCUAUGUUACGUCUCAAUUUUGUUAAGUGUAUAUUUUUUUGUAAACGCUUUUUUAAAGUAAACGUUUUUCAUUGAAA